GACAGACUUAGAGUCGGUCGUUCGCAACCUGAUUCGAGAGUACCGCAAUGUCUUUCCACCGUAUUUCUCAUACAGCGGGAUUCCCCCGAUGCGCGGUGUUGAGCAUUCUAUCAAACUCGUGCCUUACUAUCAUGUUCACCAUCAGGCACCGUACCGACUCUCGAUCCCUGAGGCGACGGAACACAAGCGUCAGCUUGAGGAGCUCCUUCGACUGGGUUUCAUUAAACCGAGUGACUCCCCUCUGGGUGCACCUGUCCUCUUUGCUCGCAAAGCGAACGGAACUCUCCGCCUCUGCAUCGACUAUCGCGGCCUUAACCGUUACACAAUUAAGAACAGUUAUCCCAUGCCCCGCGCGGAUGAGCUGUUUGACCGUCUGGCAGGCAACCGCUUCUUCACGAAGAUCGAUCUUCGUAGCGGUUAUCACCACAUCCGCGUUGCUACAGAGGAUCAGCCGAAGACGGCCUUCCGAUCGCGCUUCGGCCACUACGAGUUCACGGUGAUGUCAUUCAACCUCACCAAUGCACCCGCUACCUUCCAGACGGCGAUGAACGACAUCUUCAAGGAUAUUCUUGAAGAAUACGUUCUCGUAUACCUGGACGACAUCCUGGUCUACAGUCGUACCUUAGAAGACCAUCUCAAGCACCUCCGCGAAGUCCUACAACGCUUACGAAAGCAUGGUCUCUAUGCCAAGCUCAGUAAGUGUCGCUUUGCCCAGCGCAAAGUGGACUUCCUAGGACACCAUGUGUCUGACCAGGAUCUCCACAUGGCCGACGCGAAGAUCACUGCUUGCAGAGUGGCCCGUCCCCACAUCUGCCAAGCAGCUUCGCAGUUUCCUAGGCCGGAUGGAACUCUUCGUCUCUGCAUCGACUACCGCGGCCUUAACUACUACACGGUUAAGAACAGCUACCCCAUGCCUCGUUCCGAUGAGCUGUUCGACCGCCUAGCAGGCAACCGCUUCUUUACGAAGAUUGAUCUUCGUAGCGGUUACCAUCAGAUCCGUGUCGCCGCAGCCGACCAGCCGAAGACCGCGUUCCGAUCGCGAUUCGACCACUACGAGUUCAUGGUGAUGCCAUUCGGCCUCACAACCGCACCCGCUACCUUCCAGAGGGCGAUGAACGACAUCUUCAGGGACAUCUUGGAGCAGUUCGUUCUGAUCUACCUCGACGAUAUCCUGGUCUAUAGUCGUACCCUUGAGGAGCACCUCAGACACCUCCGCGAUGUCCUUGACCGCUUGCGCAGACAUGGCUUCUACGCCAAGCUAAGCAAGUGCCGCUUUGCCCAGCACAAAGUGGAUUUCUUAGGACACUACGUGUCUGACCAGGGUCUCCACAUUGACGACGCGAAGAUCACUGCUAUUGUGGAGUGGUCCGCUCCCACAUCCGCCAAGCAGCUUCGCAGCUUCCUAGGCCUGACCAGCUACUACAGUAACUUCAUCCGGGGAUACGCUAGGUAUUCCUACGUCCUUACCUCCACCCUCCUCCGGAAGAACCCACCCUGGGCUUGGACACCCCUCCACGAGGACGCCUUCCUCGCCCUCAAGAAGGUGGUGACAUGCGCACUGGUUCUUCACCUACCCGAUUUUGACCGCCCUUUUAUCCUUACCACCGAUGCGUCAGACUUCGCUGUAGGAGCAGUGCUUUCUCAAGUCUUCCCCUCAUCUCCUGAUUCCUCUCAUCCUCGUAUCCCUCACUUCCCACCACCUACCCCUACCACUGCUUCCCGACUGACGCCUACUCGUCCAGCUACUGACGAGCCUUCUAUUGACUAUUCUCCUACUAUGGCCGAGGACGGCACUAUCGAGUCUCGCUCAGGAGCUGGAGUACUGGGAGGAGGGAGAAGACCAGGGGGAGGAGCAGGAGAUGGAGUAGUGGGAGGAGGGAGAAAAGCAGGGAGAAGUGUUAGAGUCUGUGCUUCGGAAACGCAGCAUGCGGGGCAGCCUACGCAGGAUGAUGGCACACGGUACUUGGCGCCUGAGCAGGUGCUAGGGAUGCUUCUAGCGAAGAUGAAGAGUGAUGCCGAGCAGCAUCUCGAGGGCAAAAAGGUGGAUGCGGCAGUCAUUACCGUUCCAGCACUCUACUGCGAUAGGCAGAGAUCAGCGACCAAAAUGGCGGCCCGGAUCGCUGGUUUCAGAGAUGUCCAGUUAGUCAGUGAAUCGACAGCGGCCGCUUUGAGCUAUGCACAUCAAGUGGGAUUGAUCUCCAUGGGCUCCUCCGGUGUUUCUCCUGAAGUAGGAACUCAACGUGGCGCGAAGAUGCUUGUGUUUGCUAUGGGCGGAGGAAGCUUCGAAGUUGCCCUUACUACUAUCUCCGGGGAGAAACUCGCGGUGAUCUCCGCGGCUGGCAAUCCAUCUCUCGGAGGCAUGGACUUCGACCACAAGAUGAUGAAACUCCUCCUCGAUGGCGGGAAGGAGUCGUCUCGUCAAACUCCCGCCACGAAAGGCAGCAAGUUGUGGGUGGAACUCCUCCUGGAUGGCGGGAAGGAGGCAUCUCGUCAAACUCCCGACGGAAGCAAGUUGUGGGUGCUGAAGAUAGCCAGCGAAAAAGCCAAGAAGGAUCUUACAUUGCUUAACGACGCGCAGGUUGAGAGUGAGAGUUUCCGCGGCGAUAACGACUGUAAGGUGACCACCAUACACCGCCUUGAGUUUCAUGAAAAGUGCAAUAGCCUGCUGCAACAGUGCAUGGCAUGUGUCAAGCGUGUCUUCAACAAAUCAGGGACGCAGAUUUCGGAUGUGAAGGAAGUUUUGUUAGUGGGUGGGUCAGCACGCAUUCCUAGCAUUGUAGACACGCUGAGGGAUUUCUUUGGCGUUGAGCCGAGGAUCCACCCCUUUCGAGAAGAAGCCGUUGUGCGCGGCGCAGCGCUCUUUGCAGAUUACAGUCAACAGGUUGUAGAGACUCAUCCCUUAGACUUUGUGUACUAUGACAGGCGAGACGGGACUUACCACGUUUACGAAGGCUGUACGAGGCCGUCUCGCUUUAGAUUGCCAUCUCUCGAUUCCUGGUGGGAAGAUAAAAGAGACGGUCUGACGUAUCUUUGCCUAUAUGAGUCGAGAAGCUGCACUAUAGAUUACCUGCGAGCUGGCAAAAUAGUGACGGGGGAUAAACAGACUGAUGUUCUUCUCCCCAGCAUAAUGACGGACCGAUGCGGGAUGCUGAGCCUUGAAGAGGGACAGUCUUCCAUGGCUGCAGUGAUUCAUAAAACAUGCCAACCAUCUCCGGAGGUUCUCGAGAGCUGGAAGCAGCUCGCCGAGAAGCUCACUCUAUACGAGAGGAGAAUCUCAGAGUUGAGCACCACAAGGAAACAAUGGGAGAAGUUCAUAAACGAAGACAUAGAGCGAUGGCUUGGCAAUGAGGCGGCAGUGGGCGGGGUCGCGAUUGAGCAUCUUUCCGCACAAUGUGAGGACUUCCGAAAGGCAUGCCAGUAUGCGUUCGGAGAGCUGUGGGAGAGAUCGUUAUCGGGAAGGAGGUUGUUAGUGGUCGACCGCUGGGAGUCCAACGAUGUUCACCAGUGCCUUGAGGAGCUGGCAAACAGAAGGCCAGAUCUUUGUGACGUGGUCGUCUCCAUGACGCUCACAGAGAUUCGACAGAUGAAGGAGCGGAUCGUAAAAAUCAAGGGUAUCAAUUUCGCGGCAGAUUCCUUCUCGGUUGAUGCUCUUACGGGUGUCAUAAGGGAGAGAGAGGUCCCUUAUGUGCUACUCUCGGCAUGCCCCGUGCGUCUUUCCUACGAUCGCAAAUAUCUCUCCUCUCAGGCGAACAAGGUCGUUGAUGAGAAGGUGUCGAUAGCUGUGCAAGGCGGUCUUCGGGUCGUGUUGCACCUUGGACGAUGUGAUUCUCGAGACGAGAAGACCAGUAAUGUGCAUUCUGAAGCGGAGGAGGAUAAGCGUUACUGUGAAGCGCAACUCAGGGACGUCCGUGAGAGUGUCCACGAUUGGCGAAACAUAAUUAUCGCUUAUUGGCCUUCACCGCCGCAGAGCGGCAUACAGUGGGAGAGUCAUCUUCUUGAUACGAUCCGGCACAUAAGAAAGAUAAUCAGCAAUUUGGCGAAUGCCGAAGCGGGAGACACACCGCGGAUUCUUAUUGGCGGAGACGUGGCGCUGAAGAUGUGGGAUGCCCUCAUCAAGCAGAAUGAAGUUGAUGGCUUUCUUUUUGUAGGUGGGUUCCUAGACGCUCGCCUCGUAGACAAACUGGAUCAUCCUCAUAGAGAAAGGACGGAAAAAGUCUUACUUUGUCGCUUGCCACACGGGAAUACCACACUGUAUGACCAAAUUUUAGAGCGAGUGAGCCGGGAACUGAUGGCUGAAGAAGAGGUGGUAUGGAUAACUAUGAAGAAUGUCAUCAUUGAAAAUUCAGAGGUCGACGGUGAGGACGAGGAUUGCUUCGCUGUGAUGCCUCUGGAGGGUGCUAUUGUCAAGGACGAUUCCCGUAAGGAAAGCGACCGGCGUAAGGCAAAGAUUGUCACCAUUUCUGCCGCUGACGAUGGAGAGGAGCUAGACGAGGCCGUAGAGAAGCAGCUCCUAGGGUGGAGAGAGACGAUGAACCGUGCUCAUCGUCAAGGGGAGCGGGUACUUGUGGAGUACAGGCCUAAGCUAAGUUUGGACAAACGAGGCGAUCCUUAUGAGGCCAUCGAAACCGCUCACGCCCGCAUCAGAAGGUGGAUUCUGACUCGCAUCAGCCCCGACAUGGCACAAGCGGUGCAUAUCGUUUGUUUCAUUAACGAGCUGGAACCAGAAACUCUCAGGGGAAUCACGACACAACCAAACGUGGACGGAGUCAGCCUGCUACUCGACGGAGCCGGAAAUCCGCCACCAAUUGGACUGCAGCCUGCCGAGCGCAGAAUCGCAGAGAUGGGGGGCAUGAGUAACGAAUGGAAGAUGUACGUCGGCGAAGUGAACAAGCGAGAGUCCCCAUGCCCUCCCUGGCUGCGGAGUCUUUUAUCGCAGUGGAAGCGUGACAUUGAGGUGUGGCUGGAGAAGGGAAAGGAAGGUGGUGGCCUGGAGAUCGAAGAGAUUCGUUUAAAUUUUGAGGACUUCAAAAGGGCGUGCGAAUAUGCGUUUGGAAAGCUGUGGGCAAGAUCAAUGUCGGGAAGGAGGAAGUUCCUAGUGGUCGAUUGCUGGGACUCCAACCACGUUGACCAUUGUCUGGAGAAUCUCCGGGCGAGCAGAAGCCGAGAUUUCUGUGAUGUGGUUGUCUCCAUGCGGCUCAAGAAACUUCAGAAGGCAGCGGAACGUAAGGCAAACAUAGAGGGACUCGACUUAGCGGCACACUGCUUUUCUCAAAAGGACUUUCGCUACUUGAUGAUGAGCGCAGGGGUUACCUACGUGGUUCUGGAGGCGGACAAUCCCAAGGCGAAGGGUUUUGGGUGGCAAGAGAAUCUCUGCUCGCCAUAUAACAAGCUGGUUGGUGAUCAGGUCACAGUAACUGUGGGAGCCGGAUUUCAGGUCGUUGUGCGCCUCGGACGAGAAAGAUCUCAAGACGAGCAGAGAAGUCAUCUGACGUAUCAACUGGAGGAUGAGAAGGGUCGCUGUGAAGCGCAACUAAGGGACAUCGUCGGUCCAAUUGGCAAGAAUUGGCGAAACAUAGCUAUCGCUUAUCUGCCUCCAUCGGGUGUGUCUUGGGCAUCGGUAUUGCAUGGAGAAGGUCCCUCCACCUCGCCGCUCGUAUUUCCACAGAGUCACGUUGUCAGUAUGGCUCGGCACAUAAGAACGGUCAUCGAAUAUUUGAUAAAUGACGAAGCUGAGAGGGCCACACGCAUCCUUAUCGGCGGAUGCUCGAAGCUGGAGAUGUGGGACGCUCUCAUUACCGAGGAGGACAUUGACGGCUUUAUGUUCGAGGGUGGCUUCCAACAACCUCUCCUCGUGGACAAGAUCUGUCAGCCGAGUCUAGAGAGGACCGGUAAAGUCUUACUUUGCUGCUCGGAAAACGGCAUUGCCACUCUGGACAGGCGUAGCAAAGAGCAGCUGCACAAAGUCAGCAAGAACCUGAUGGCUGGAGAAGAGGUGGUCUGGAUAGUCAGAAAGAAUGUCAGAGCUGAGAAUUCAGGAGAGUCUGACGCUGAAGAGACUGACGUCGUUGCUAAGCUUUCCAAGGAGGGUGUUAUAACUGAAUAUGAUUUCGGAAAGGGAAACAACCAUCGCAAGGUGAAGGUCAUCCCGAUUCAUGAUAGCGAGAAGCCCACGGAAACAAUAGAGGAGCAGCUUUCAAAAUGGAGCAAGGAGCUGAGCCAAACUGAUCUUGAAAGGGUGCAGAUUGUUGUCGAGUACAGGCCUGCGCAGAGUACGGACAUAGACGACAUUCCUUGUGUGGCCAUAGAGACGGCUCACGCUCGUCUCAGGAGGUGGAUAUUCACGAGAAUCAGCCCCCACGUGGCAAGAGCGGUGCGUAUCGUUUAUUACCUGGAGAAGUUAACGCACCUUCGGCAAGAAGCGCACAGGGAAAUCACCAAGCAACCCAACGUGGACGGCGUAAGCCUGCGACUCGAAAACGCGGGAAUUGCAGUACGAAGCCGGGAGAAUGCGCCCGCCAAAGGGUCCCAGCUUGCCGAGAAGCUCACCGUGAGGAGCGCGAGGUACCAAUGGAAGACGUACAUCGACCAAGCACAGAAGCGAUCGACUUCAUGCCCGCGCUGGCUCUGGACUAUUACAUCUGAAUGGAAGUGUGACAUCGAGCGCUGGCUUGACAAGGAGGCGGAAGGUGGUUUUGUAGGGAUCAAGGAAUUCACCUCCCGGUUUGCCGAAUUCAGAAGGGCAUGCGAAUAUGCAUUCGGAGCGUUGCGGGCGAGACCAACGGCGGGAAGGAAGUUCUUGGUGGUGGAUUGCUGGAAACCCAAUGAUAUUGAAGACUGCCUGCAGAGGCCGGGCAUAACGGGCUCUGGCGAUCCAGAGGAUCUCUGCUCGGGGUGGAACAAGCUUGUUGGUGAGCACGUGUCCUUAGCCCUGCAAGCUGGUCUUCAGGUCAUCUUGCGCGUUGGACGAGGUGAUUGCGAGGAUGUGGAAGACGCCGAUGAGGCCUUUGAACUGGAGGAGGAGAAGCGCCAUUGCGAGGCGCAACUCAGGGACAUUGUCAGUCGCAUUGGCAAGGACUUUCGAAACAUAGCCAUCGCUUAUCUGCCUCCGCCGCAUAUGCUGACUUCGGUAACCGAAGCGGGUGCAGCAGAGGCAGCCAGUGCAACCCGGUGUGAUGUUGUUGAGACUGUUCGGCACAUACGACGUGUCAUCGGGGACUUGGUGAACGCCGAGGUAACCAAAGCAAUGCGCAUCCUUAUCGGUCGAUGCAAGAUGGAGGACAAGUGGCAUGCCCUGUUAAACGAGCGGCAUGAGAUUGAUGGCUUUCUUCUUGAGGCCGGGCUCCGAGACCGACUCCUUUUCGAUAAGCUCCUUCUCCUAGGGGGACCAAGCGGAAAAAUCGGGCCGGAAAAAGGGGGCAAGGUGUUGCUCUGUGGCGGGCAGAAGGAAAAUGUGACCCUGAGUGAGUGUGACAUGGUCUGGUUGAGCGCUGCCACAGCCAAGCUGGUGGGUACAGAGGAGGUCCUCUGGAUAACCACCGAGUACGUAUCCACUCUGGCGGUGAGUUCAGAAGCAAACGUUAUCAGGGAGAUCGAAGGCUCCAAUGUGUUGCUCUGGAAGGAGGGUCAUAUUCUAACUGACUACCGCGGAGAGGUGAGAGAAGCGCGGAGGGUGACGAUCGUCCCCAUCGUGGACUCCGACAACGACAACAGCCAAGGACACGUCGAACUAGCAGAGGGGCUAUCCACGCAGCUCUCAGCAUUGAGGGAGAAGUUGGCAGGAAAAGCUGAUGCUACUAUCUGGCCACAGCUUCUUCUUGAGUACAGGCCUGCAGACAUUGUGAGCAGCGCCCCCUCUCUUCUUGAGACAGUCGACAGAACUCACGUCCUCAUCAGGAGAUGGGUGUUGGCAAACUUGGGAGCCGAGGCGGCGCAGGAGGUGCGCAUCCUAUGCUUCCUCGAGGAGGGGCUGGAGCUAGAGACGCGUCGGCAAAUCACGGAGCUGCCCAAUGUAGACGGGGUAAGCCUGCAGCUUCCCGAUCGGCAAACCAUCAGUCGCUGUGGUCUUGCGGCCUAGACGGAAAGUUAGAUUGCAUCCUUCUAUUCUUUUUUCUUUUUCAUUUAGAAUUAUACAAUUCAGAUUCUCAAAAUGAACUCACUGCCAAUGU